UUUGUCAAUGUCAUUAGUCGAAUUUGGAGGUUAAAUAGUUCGAAACUGAAAAACAGUAAACAAAAAUUUUAAAAGUGCAGUUUUACGGAAAACACCAGGUGAAUUCUUAUUAUGGCUGCUGCUGACGAGGAUGUUUCAAAAAAUUUGCAUGCAAUUUUCCACGAAGGGCUCAACCUAUAUAACAAAAUAUCGCAGAGCAAUGAGCCCACUCAGAGCCUAGAAGUGCAGAGAGAUGUUAAAAAAGCAAUAUCCUGUUUAGAACAAGCCACUCGCCUGGUAUCGGUUGCAGAUAUUUUCAGUAGUAAUGAGGAAAUUGAGGAGCUUUCUACCAGUGAUAUUCAGUAUUUGUUGUUGCCCGCUCUACUAGGAAGUCUGACUUCAAAACUUACAUCCAGGGAACGAAAGGAAGUUAUUGAAAUAGCUGAGAUUUAUUUGCUUGACUUUCUACAGAGAACAAACAGUUAUAAGCUAAGCAAUUACAAAAUUAGAAAGGGUGAUGGUGAAGCGGAGCAAACUGAUGGUUCCAAUAGAUCAGAAAUUGAACAGCUGACCAUUGCAGUGAACACACGAAACAGUAAAAUUCAAAAAUUUAAAGAGUUCAAGGAAUUAAAGACUCAGCUCGAAAACCUAAAGAAAAAUGUUGAGAAUGAGCAUGCUGAUGAGGAAAUUAAACGGAAUUACUUCUUGACAAUGAUAAAAGUUAUGAUUCAUGAAGCCAUAGACGAACUCGACAGCAUCAAAAUGGAAAAGCCAAUUUUGGCGCACAUUGCUCAAAUUAAACAAGAUGGUGGUCCGAAACCGAAGAGACAACCACCACCACCACCUCCAUUGAAGCCUAUUAUUAUCACAAAAGAUCAAGUGCAAAAAGCCAUAUACGGAGCAGGGUAUCCAUCAAUGCCCACAAUGACUGUGGAUGAGUUUUAUGAGAAAAGGGUAGCAGAAGGAGCUUUUCCGGAUCCUAACAAACCAAGAACGGGCCCAAUGAGUAUGCAGGAAGCAUCACUAGCAGGAAUUUCCUUGAAUGAUAGUGAUAAGGAGGACGAAGAGAAUGAAAACAAAGUUGAAGCUGAUGAUGACGAGAACAUUCAAAGAUUGAGAGCUCGAGAUGAAUACAAGGAUGAACAUAGGAGAGGUUGGGGAAACAGGAUGAACAGGAGUUAAUGCAUUUUCCUUCUACGACAGAGAAGCAUUUUCGAUGCUUUCGACAUAGGUACUUAUUCUCAAUGAUUGCUAGAAAUUCAGAAAUGUAUAACUACUUUUAUGUGAUAUAAUAAAAUUAAAGUAAUCUUCGAACUAAA